AUGCGGUGUAUACACACUAUUCGGGGUGUUGCAAAGACAGAAGUGUUUCCUCCACUUAAUUUUCAUCAGUGUUUAUGUGUAGAGAUUAUACAAUGGAGAGUCAAGUUCAAAAAAUACCAUCAGUUGACCAACCCGAAGGCUUGUGUAAAGUGCAAUGAAAAGACGGUGAAGCAAGCCUAUCAUAUUGUUUGUAAACCUUGCUCAUCUGCCUUAAAAAUUUGCUGUAAAUGCGGGAAGCCAAAUGAAUCCAUUAAUUUUGAAGAUACGGAAAGACAGGAAGAUACUGAUCAAAAAUUUAUUGACGCUUUGAAAAAUGUUCGUGAAAGGGAACGUCGUACCCUUUUACGUUUGGCUCAUUCAAAUCAAAGUACAACGGAAGUCGGAAGUACCAUCACUGAUAAGGAAAAACCUUCAAGUCUUAUGGAUGGUGCUAAUGAACUCAUUGUAGAGAAGUUAUCCAAAAUGAAUUGCAAUUGGAAGGAUGAGUACGAAACGGAUGAUUAUGAAUCCAGUUAA